GCAGUACAGAAGCAAAACUGUAGGAUCAGUAGAAACCGUGCUUCUAGACCGGAACCCUGCCCCAUUGGCUGCGAAUUGGCAGGUCAGGUUCGAGAAUGGUGUGUGCGCCUGUUCAUGAGCUUCUUGUCUAGGUGGCGCAUGCCGACUCGCAGAUCCUUUAACAUAAGAACAGAGUAAUUUAAUGAGCAAUUCAGGUAGUUUAUAGAUGAAAUACGCAGCGCCAAGCACACGACCGUGAAUAAACCGGAUAUUUAUUUACGCUGUCAGAGGAACUAGCUCGCUACUUAGCAAUAAAAAGCUGGAAUGGAGAACAAAACAAAUGGAUCAGUGGAAGCCAAACUUGUGGUGGAGAAUGGCCAGCUGCCGGACCCUGCAGACUGGGCAUUCACUGAUGUCGUCAACUAUUUCAAAGCUGCAGGUUUUGAAGAGCAGGCUACUGCUUUCCAGGACCAGGAAAUCGAUGGCAAGUCUCUGCUUCUGAUGACUCGGAAUGAUGUCCUGACUGGCCUGUCUAUCAAACUGGGGCCAGCACUGAAGAUCUACGAGUACCACGUGAAACCACUUCAAACUCAGCACCUGAAGAGUAAUGCUAAUGCAUCAUAGCAUCACUGCAUACUCCUCAAUGUGUAACAAGAUAAUCAUGAGGCAGGACGGCCAGAGCAGUCCGAAGACAUUUAUAGACCCUAGAGGACAGUGGAGGAUGACAUAGCUUAGAAAACUCUUGCGUGGUUGCAUCUUGCAUCCUUAUGAAAAUGAAAUGUUUAUUUUACUUAAACCGUUAACAGAUGCCAAAUGAUUUGAGCCUUUCCGUCCUUUUACAAAGACGGUGAUCAGUUUCUUGGUAUUUAACUUGAGUGGUAUCAGUUUAUGAAAUGAAACAAAGACUUUAAUUCUUUGAGGUCUUGGACAUCAUAAGAACAUUUUACAGGUCUUAAAAAGUACAGGUUUCAUAUUUUCUUUCUAAGAGUUAGUCUCAAAGCAAAUCAAGCUCUUGAAGCAGAUUCAACUGAAUGGGUUAUUUAAUAGUGGACGAUCCUUUUCAGAUGGAUGCAAAGGUGCACUAGAUGUCUGAUUGAUCCAUCUUCUACCCUUGUCCCAUUGAUAUGAUCAGUAUAUACCAAACUAUCGAACAGUUUGAUGCCAGCUAAGACUGGAUGGUAAUUAGUUGGAGGAAAUGUACGUUUGAACUAUACUUCCUGUUCCUCCAUUACUGCCAUUUUCUUUUCCUAAUAAGACACUAUUUCACUUGAUCAAAGCUGUAUAUAUGAGAACUAUGCACUUCAAUGGUCAAUUUAAGCACAGGGGAUAUAGGUUGAUGAAUGUGUUCUUUGAUUUCCUUAAUUAUUUUAUCUUAAAAUGGCAUUUUACUUUUGUGUUUGAUGUGGAUGUUUUUAUCACGCAUAUCAACAGUGGCAUGCUGCUUCCUUUUGUAUUGUAAAGGUACUCUGUUCGCAUUUUGCUGUUAUAAAACUACUUGCAUCUUAAGUAAUGAUUUGAGAUGUACCACUGUCAGUCUUACCCAAGAACGAUUAGCAAAACACAAUCAUGUAGAGAAAGAAGUGUUAAUUUCUAAAUACAAAAAGUCAAGAACAAUGAUGAAUAAAAUAGAAUCAUAGAAAAGGCACAAUAAUUUACUUGAAAACCACACUGUGCCAUGAAAAAUAAACCCGUCUCAUCGUAUCCUCUAAGGUGGUUGGCUGAAAAUAGAUGGCAAGUCUUCCUGACAUGUUCUACACUUCAUAAGAUUCGGUGGCAGUGGAUUGCCGUUGGCAAUGAGGAGCAGUGUUGAGGUCAACUUUUUCCCUGUAGCAUCAAAACGAAGGCC